UAUCGCUGUAUUUCCCCAUCUCUGGGCCACACAUGCCUUAAUGCCCUACGUGUGAGCCAAGUAAAGAUGUGUUGGAGGUCACAGUCUGGAGAGACGCAUCCCAAAGAGCACAACUUCUCCACAAAAUCCCAACACCAUCCUGGUUCCUGGUCUGUUUUCACCCCGACUGAGGAUCUCACCUCCCCAGGUGGAUGAUGGCGGCUGCCCGGGUGUCAGCCCCAAGCCUGACAACUUCCUCUGUGGACACGGAGGACUACAGCGUUUAUGCUAACAUGUCUGAGGAGCAGCUCCUGCAGCUCGCUAUUGAGCGAAGUCUAGCCGAUGCUGAUACUCAGCCGAUCUGCUCUCGCACACCGAGACUGACGACUCAACGUUCACAUCUCCCACAGUCUCAGAAUGUCCCUCCUCCUGCGAACCCGCCCGCUAAUCCACCCGCUAAUCCACCCGCUAAUCCACCACUCAUCCUGCCAGCUAGUCAGAAACAAUGCCCAAGAAUCAACCAAGACACUCAAAACCAUAUCUUCACCAAGGACAAGAAGGAAGUGAUUGCUUGGACAAGACACAAUGGAUUUCUCCGGGUUACUGUUGAGUCGGUCAAUGAUUUAGACCCUUUUCUCUCAGCGAUUUGGAAAGGUGAUGCUAAAGCUCUAAGUGAGCUAAUACAAACCAAAUCCAGAAACCUUCUGAAAGCUAAUCAGGAAGGUUGGCUCCCCCUGCACGAGUGUGCUUACUACGGCCAUGUUGACUGUCUAAAGGUUUUGCUAAACGCUGAACCAGAGACAAUUAACAGACGCACCCUGAAGAACCAAACUCCGCUUCUUCUGGCCGUGAGUCGCCGACAUUCAGCUUGUGUCUGUUACCUGUUGGAGAAGGGUGCUGAUCCCAAUCUGGCAAACCACCAGUGGGAGACUCCGCUAUACAAAGCUUGUGAAAGGGGAACUGAAGAAGCUGUCGGUCUUCUGAUACGAUUCGGAGCACUGACAACCAAAGCAUCUGUGCAAGGUGCAACGCCGCUGCAUGAAGCAGUGGCAAACAAAAAUGUGGAGAUCUGCAAGAUGCUACUGCAAGCAAGGGCAAACCUGAUGGCUAAAAACAUUUACGGCAUAGAUCCGCUGUUUACGGCAGCUCAGUGUGGCGCUACAGAAGUUCUUAGCUUCCUGAUCAUGAAAGGUGCAGAUGUCAACUCUCAGGCUAAUGAUGGUGCCUCGGCCUUGUUUGAAGCCUCUAAAAAUGGUCACAGUAAAGUCGUGGAGAUUCUCCUGUCUAAAAGGGCUAACGUUAACAAAUCUAAUAAAGCUGGACUACUCCCUAUUCAUGUUGCUGCUAAAAAUGGACAUGAUGGAAUUGUAGCCAUGCUAAUACCAAGAACUAGCAGAGCCAAAAUCAAGCACUGUGGUAUCAGUCCUCUUCAUAUGGCUGCAGAACGCAACAGAGAUGACGUUCUUGAGAGGUUGAUAGACGCCGAGUUUGAUGUCAACUCCAUGCUGUCAGAGGAUUGGUCCAAAAUGUAUGAGGAUCGUCGCAGCACUGCACUUUACUUCACCGUGUGCAAUAGUAAUAUUGACGCGGCCACGAUGCUCCUAGAGGCUGGGGCCAACCCAAACCUGGACACCUUCAAUCCCCUGCUUGUUGCUGUGAGGAAGGGCUGCAUAGAAAUGGUCAAGCUUCUGGUCAACUAUGGUGCGAAUGUUAACUCCAUGCUCCCAACUCAUCCCACCAACUUCCCAGCUGCUUUGAUAUUUUGCAUGAAUUACUUGCCAAUGUUCAAGCACCUCAUGGAUAAUGGAUGCGAUGCCCUAUCAUGUUUUAAGUGUGACUAUGGCAGCAAUUCUCACCCACCCAUGAAAUCCAGCAAUGAUGGAAGGGACAGGCUAUAUUACAUCAGCAAUGAAAUUUCAGAAAGCUGUGUACAGUUCUGCAAGAUGAUCUCCAGACCAUCAGUCACCAGCUGGGCUGGACCCAUCAUAGACAUUCUGCUAGACUAUGUGGGUCACGUGAAGCUCUGUUCCAGACUUAUUGAACACCUGGACAGCUAUAGUGAAUGGGCUCCAAUCAAAGACAAAGCAGUGCCUCCUCGGCCCUUGAUGCAUCUCUGCAGAAUAAAGAUUCGCCAGCAGCUCGGAAUCCAGAGACUAAGACAGAUGAACAAGCUUCCUCUGCCUGGGAGGCUUAUCAAGUUCUUACGGCACGAGAGAGAAUCGUUUACUCAUAUCCUGUAAAACGUUGGAUUUUAAAUGUGAAAAAUAGUCUUGAGUCUUCUUUUGGUUUUUCAGAAUCUUCUAUUUUUCUAGAUAGGUCAUGCCAUGGCUUAAAAAAAAAAGGAUAAUAUACAGAAAUAGCCAAAACGCUCCUCAGAAGUUUUUUAGAAACUGAUUUUAUGUUUACAUUAAAUACUGCUAGAGUUUAAAACUUUUUACGCUCCAUUCAAUCCAAUGAGAUAAAAUUUAAAAAUAAACCACCCAGACAAAAUUGCACAGGAAAUACAAAGUUAGAUUGGAGUAAGUUGAUUAAUUAUGGGUGUCCGAUGAUUUCUUGAAUUCUGAUUGGCCGAAAUAGCAAAGGUAUACUGUACAUUUAUAACUAAAUUUGAUGAGCAGAAUUUUCAGAAUUUGGAUUGGAAUUUCACAUAGGUUUCUUUUUUUCACUUGGUAUUUUCCAAAAGCAUCAAAUUCAGUUUUAAUACAAAUUGAGUUUAUGGAAUCCAAAGUUGACAUAAUCCAACUUGAGCGAUGAUACAAUUUCAAAGUAAAGUGUAGCAAUUAAAGAUUUAUACUUGUGUAUAAUUGCUUGAACCACAGGAAUGCAAUAAAUCUGACCAUGUGAUCGCUUGUGUCAUCCUCCGCCGUCCGAGUAUUUAAUUCCAAUACCAGGAAGCCAAUUCCUCAUGAAAUGUUUCAUUUAUUAUACACUCACCGGCCAUUUUUAUAAGAACUUGUUAUUGUUAAUUCUAAGAUCCCUGUUCUUGGCUGCAGGAGUGGAACCCAAUGUGUUCUUCUGUUUUUCUGUUGCAUGCUGAGAUGCUUUUCUGCUCACCACGGUUGUAAAGAGUGAUUAUAUGAGUUACUAUAUCCUUCCUGGCCAAAAAGCUUGAACCACCUCAAAUCUGUCCAUUUUUUGAUCUCUGACCCUCUCUUAUCAACAAGGCGUUUGUUUCCUUUCCACCCACAGAACUGUCGCUCACUCACUCGAUGUUUUUUGUUUUUCGCACCAUUCUGUCUGUGUAAACUCUCGUGACUGUUGUGUGUGAAAACCCCAGGAGGAGAUCAGCAGUUUCUGAAAUCCUAAAACCAAAAAUACUCAUCUGGCUCAAACCAACACCCAUGCCACACUGAAAGAAAGUCACAAACAUUGAGAUCACAAUUUUUCCCGUUCUGAUGUUUGAACAUUAACUGAAAGGUAGGGGUGUUCCUAAUAAAGUGGCUGCUGAGCGUAUUAUUAUUAUUAUUUAUUUUUUUUAAGUAUAAGGAAAGGCUGACAUAUGGAAACUGGUUUACUGUGUUUUAUAUUCUGUGUAAUAGUGUACAGGAUGUG